ACAGUGAAGUGUGUACAGAUCAGCAGUUGCGCAGUUACCACUGUGUUCCAGUGUUGAACGCGGCCGCAGCGGCGCAGCUUUUGACGCCCCUCGCACGUCUUAUGAGACGUAUUUUGUAAGAUAUCAGCGGCUCGGCAUUGUUUACCGAGCUCAGCCUGUGCACCGGCAGCGAAGCGUGAACAACACAACUCCAUCUCGGCUGGUUAUUAACAUUAAAACUGUCCCCCUGUCCGCUGGUGGUCUGAAACUAGCAGGCAUGUUUCCAGCUAGCAGAUACACGAGCAAAGCCCACAGGUGUAUCAGGGCGCUGAAGACCGUGCAGACAGAGCAUGCUGCCCCUCAGCUGUACACAGCCCUGAACAGACGGACGUGCUCCUCUGUGUCCACACCCAGAAUCACAACACAUUACACCAUCCAUUCUCGAGACAAAGAUUCAAGAUGGGAAGGUGUCGAAAUGGAGAGAUUUGCAGAUGAGGCAGAUGUGGUGAUUGUAGGUGCGGGCCCUGCCGGUCUUUCGGCGGCCAUUCGUCUGAAGCAGCUAGCCAAUGAACAGGAGAAGGAGCUGCGAGUGUGCCUUGUAGAAAAGGCCUCUCAGAUUGGAGCACACACCCUGUCAGGAGCCUGUCUGGAGCCCACUGCCCUUAAUGAGCUCUUUCCUGAUUGGAAGGAACGAGGGGCUCCCCUGAACACACCAGUGACUGAAGAUGUGUUCGGCAUUUUAACAGAGAAACACAGAAUCCCAGUGCCCAUAUUGCCAGGUCUGCCCAUGGUCAACCAUGGUAACUACAUUGUUAGGCUGGGGAACUUUGUGCGUUGGCUUGGGGAGCAGGCCGAGGAGCUUGGAGUGGAGCUGUAUCCUGGUUAUGCUGCGUCUGAGGUUUUGUUCCAUGAAGAUGGAAGUGUAAAGGGAAUUGCCACCAAUGAUGUCGGCAUUGCCAAGGAUGGCUCACCAAAGGAUGUUUUUGAGAGAGGAAUGGAGCUCCAUGCUAAAGUCACAUUGUUCGGAGAGGGCUGUCAUGGCCACUUGGCCAAGCAGCUUUACAAGCAAUUCAACCUGCGUGAGAACUGUGAGCCCCAGACCUACGCCAUUGGCCUGAAGGAGUUGUGGACAAUUGAUGAGAAGAAGUGGAGGCCAGGCAGAGUGGAGCAUUCUGUGGGCUGGCCCUUGAACAGACACACAUAUGGAGGAUCCUUCCUCUAUCACCUGAAUGAAGGAGAACCACUCGUGGCCUUGGGCUUUGUGGUCGGUCUGGACUACACCAACCCUUACCUGAGCCCCUUCAGGGAGUUCCAGCGAUGGAAACAUCACCCCUCCGUAGCUCCCACACUGGAGGGAGGCCACAGGAUUGCAUACGGGGCCAGGGCACUGAAUGAAGGAGGAUUACAGUCCAUCCCAAAGCUGACUUUCCCUGGAGGCCUGCUGAUUGGCUGCAGCCCUGGUUUGAUGAACGUCCCAAAGAUCAAAGGCACCCACACAGCUAUGAAGAGUGGCAUGCUGGCUGCUGAGGCCAUCUUCCCCAAAGUCAUAGCAGAGAGCUUGGACUCGGAGACGGCAGGGCUCCAUGUAACCGAGUACAGUGACAACUUGAAGAAUUCGUGGGUGUGGAAAGAGUUGUAUGCAGUAAGAAACAUCAGGCCGUCCUUCCACAAUUACUUUGGCCUGUAUGGUGGCAUGGUUUACACUGGAGUUUUCUACUGGAUCUUCAGAGGAAAAGAGCCGUGGACCCUCAAACACUGUGGCCUUGAUGCAAACCAGCUGAAACCGGCUAAGGAUUGUACACCGAUUGAAUACCCCAAGCCCGAUGGCAAGAUAAGCUUCGACCUGCUCUCGUCUGUGGCCCUGAGCGGCACCAACCAUGAGGGGGACCAACCCCCCCACCUGACCCUAAAGGAUGACAGCAUCCCGGUCAACAGGAACCUGGCCAUAUAUGAUGGACCUGAACAACGAUUCUGCCCCGCAGGUGUGUACGAGUAUGUUCCCAUGGAAACUGGAGAUGGGAUGAGAUUGCAGAUAAACGCUCAAAACUGCGUCCACUGUAAGACCUGUGACAUCAAGGACCCGAGCCAAAACAUCAACUGGGUUGUGCCUGAAGGCGGCGGUGGACCAGCCUACAACGGAAUGUGAACGUUUUCUUUUUGUCUUGAAGUACGAUUCGAUACGAGUAUGGAUCUGAAAAUAACUACAUAUCUUCUGUUUAGGGUACCAAGAAAGCCAGGAAAUCAAACUACAAUUGCAUAUUGUCCUAGAAAUUAAUUUAUAGUGUGGUGUAAAGUUUAAAACGUUGCACAGGUGUCAUAUCACCCACGCAAACUACAGGAUCAUGAAAAACUGAGUUCUGCAUCACUGCCAUGAAAAUCCACAAUAUGACAUUUAAAGCAGUGACUCUUAUUUGUGCUGUAAAAGGACUUAAUGAACUGUAAGAGUUAAUAUAUUUUCUUCUUCUGUAAUUGAACAAGCAAACAACUUUUCAAAUUACAGUUUAUUUCAGCGUUAUUGCAGGUAUAUUUUGACAGCAUCUGAUCUGCACAGUACUGUACAUAACAUUAGAUGAUAGUAUCACAGUAAUUAAUAAAGAACACUUGACUCAUCCUUUUGACCUCUGUAAAAAAAACAAACAUAAAAACAAAUAGAUGUACUGUGUGUGUAGAAGGGCUCUGUAUCAAAAUCUAUUAAACAAUACAACACGAAA